AUGGCUUACGUACCACCACAUUUAAGAAACAAAGAGAAAACAACAAUAAUGAAAGGAGAACCUACUCCAAUUAGUCCAUGCUUUAGUAAAAAAGGAACAUAUAAAUCAGACCAUAUUCCAAUAACAUCAAGAACUCCUCAACCAUCUCGUAGUUCAUCAACAAUUUAUAGAAGUGAUACACCUACAUUUACACGUAGAAAUAAUAGAAGUACAAAUAAAGAUAGAUGGUAUGGUUAUAGGGAUUCUAGAGAAGAUCCAAAAAGAUUAGAAAAAAGAAAUCAAUGGUUAGAAGAAACAAAAGAAGAACGAGAAAAAUUGAUUGAUGUAACUGUUUCAUAUGAAAAUCUUGAAAUAGAAGUUACAGGAAAAGAUCUUCCAAAAGAUACAAUAGAAACAUUUUAUGAUAUUGAUUUAGGUGAAGAAUUAGAUCAUAACAUUUUUAAAGCUGGGUUUUAUCAUCCAAUGCCAGUCCAAAAAGCAACUAUUCCAAUAGUAUUAGCUAAACGUGAUUUAAUGUCAUGUGCACAAACUGGAUCUGGUAAAACAGCAGCAUUCCUUUUUCCAAUUAUUUCAGAUAUUCUUAAAAAUCCACCAAUGCCAAGACAAUCAAAUUUUUCACAUAGAGUUACUGUGUUUCCUGUUGCUUUAAUUCUUGCACCAACAAGAGAAUUAGGACAACAAAUUUAUGAAGAAGCAGUUAGAUUCACAGAAGAUACCCCAAUUAGAUCAGUAUGUGUUUAUGGUGGAUCUGAUUCUUACACUCAAAUUCAAGAAAUGGGAAAAGGAUGUGACAUUCUUGUUGCUACUCCAGGAAGAUUAUUAUAUUUCACUGAAAAGAAAAUUGUUUCAUUAUCUUCUGUUAGAUAUCUUAUUUUUGACGAAGCCGAUAGAAUGCUUGAUAUGGGAUUUGAACCACAAAUUAGAGAAAUUUGUGAAGAUAAUGAAAUGCCACCUGUUGGAAAACGUCAAACAUUAAUGUUUUCUGCUACUUUUCCAAAACAAAUUCAAAGACUUGCUGCAGAUUUCUUAGAUGACUAUGUCUUUAUUACUGUUGGAAGAGCAGGAAGUACUGUCGAAUCAAUUCAACAAAUUAUUUUAUGGGUUGAAGAAGAAAUAAAACAAGAAGCAAUUUUAGAUGUUUUAGGAGAAUUUGUAGGAAAAGGUCAGAAAACAGUUAUUUUUGUUGAAACAAAGCGAGGUGCUGAUAUACUAGAAAAUUACCUAUAUGAUCAUGGAUAUAAAGUAGAUAGCAUUCAUGGAGAUCGUUCUCAAGCUGAUCGUGAUUUUUCAUUGAAAAGAUUUAAAGAAAAUGUUAUUCAACUACUUGUUGCAACUGAUGUUGCUUCUAGAGGAUUAGACAUUCCAGACAUUGAGGUUGUCAUUAAUUAUGAUAUGCCAAAUGAAAUUGAGAGUUAUGUUCAUCGUGUUGGAAGAACUGGACGAGCUGGUAAAAAAGGAACUGCAAUCACUUUCAUUAAUGAAAAAACCCAAAAUUUAAUACCACCAUUAGUCUCAUUAUUAGAAGAAGCAAAACAAACAAUACCAGAUUGGUUAGAAGAAAAAGCACAAGAAUAUAGAAAACCAUUUGGCUCAAAAAGAGGUAGAAAAGGUGGGUAUAAUAGAAGAGGAGCUGGAAGGUUUGGAGGAAGAGAUAGAAGAUAUGAAAGAAGAAGAGACAAUGAAUGGGAUAAUGCUAGAUCAGUUAGUACACCAAUAAAACCUCAUAUGUUUGAUUAA